AGGUCAUGCAGAAAUCAGUCACCUUCCUCACUCGUCAUUUUCGUCCAGCAGCUCGUCAUCUAAGCACUACUCCGUCUUUAAAGGCCGAGGUAGAGGUUCAGGAAGAAUCAUCCCAUGUCUUCCAUGUAAAGCUGAACAGACCUGAGCGUCGCAAUGCUUUUACCAUCGAUAUGUGGCGAGAGAUGAAAAAAGUCUUCGACAGUCUCGCCGAUGAACCGAAAUGUCGUGCUAUCGUCCUCUCGGGAAACGGAAAAUCAUUCUGCUCGGGGAUUGACCUGCAGAUGGGAAUGGGUAAUUUGAUACAAAUGUUGAUGGACGAGGAGAUGGAUGUCGGGAGGAAAGGCCGCAUGUUGCGUCGAUUCAUCACAGAGGGACAGGAUGGUUUCACUGCGCUUGAGACAUGCCCAAAGCCAGUUAUAGCUGCUAUUCAUUCUCAUUGCUAUGGUGCUGGAGUGGAUCUAAUCACCGCUUGUGAUGUUCGCUACUCGAGCAGCGAUGCUGUUUUUAACAUCAAGGAAGUUGACAUUGGCAUGACCGCAGAUGUGGGAACAUUGAACCGCAUUGAAAAAGUUGUUGGGAACAGCAGCUGGGUACGGGAAGUUGCAUAUACGGCAAAGGAUAUUUCUGCUGACGAUGCGCUUAAAUUUGGUCUGAUUUCUCGAAUUUUCGACAACCAGAAAGAAGUUCUUGAAGGAGCUUUGGAUCUGGCAAAAUUAAUUGCUGAAAAAAGCCCAAUAGCGGUUCAAGGCACGAAAGAGGUCCUCAAUCAUGCUCGUAAUCACACAAUAGAAGAAUCGUUGGAUUUUGUAAAGACAUGGAAUAUGAGCCAACUACAGUCUGCAGAUCUGCGAAAUAGUGCCAUGGCAGCAAUGAGCAAACAGAAGGUUGAAUACGAAAAUGUUUGAGACUGGUCAGCUGCACUUUGCUUUACCCAUCGAGCACCUUUUGAGCAAAUCAGGAGCUUUCGGAUGUUCGUGUUUCCGUUGUCUAAAUCCGUGCUUUUGAAUCGUUUUUGCUUCUUUUGCUUGCAAAUGUUAAUUCUACAUGCAUCGCUGUCCAGCU